AUGAGACCUCAAUAUACCAGCCCUAGCUUCGCGCCUGUGGGAAUUUUGUUACUCACGUCCCUGCCAAGUAUUUUGGCGCAAUGCGAACUUCCGUCCACCUAUAGUUGGACGUCAACAGAUGUAUUGGCAGAGCCCAAAUCGGGAUGGGCUUCCCUCAAGGACUUUACCAGCGUUGUGUUCAACGAUAAGAAUCUCGUGUACGCGACGUUCCACGACACCGGAUCGACCUGGGGCUCGAUGAACUUCAGUCCCUUCUCGGACUGGUCUGACAUGUCUUCGGCAACUCAGAACGCAAUGACUGAGGGCACUGUGGCGCCCACACUCUUCUACUUUGAGCCCAAGGACACUUGGAUUCUCGCGUAUCAAUGGGGUCCAACUGCCUUUUCCUACCGAACUUCAAGUGACCCCACCGACGCCAAUGGGUGGUCAUCGGCGCAGCCGCUCUUUUCCGGAACCAUCACCGACUCCAGCACUGGGCCUAUUGACCAGACUCUCAUCGGCGACGACACCAACAUGUACCUCUUCUUCGCGGGAGAUAACGGCAAGAUCUACCGGGCCAGCAUGACCAUCGCAGAUUUCCCCGGUGAUUUCGGCACAGACUCAGAGAUAAUCAUGAGUGACACCACCGACAACCUAUUCGAGGCGGUACAGGUCUAUACCGUCCAGGGUCAGAAGCAGUACCUUAUGAUAGUCGAGGCGAUUGGAGCCAAUGGUCGCUAUUUCCGCUCCUUCACGGCCGACAGCCUCGAUGGUUCAUGGACACCCCAGGCGGCCACCGAAAGCCAGCCCUUCGCUGGAAAGGCCAACAGUGGCGCCACUUGGACGAACGACAUUAGCCAUGGAGAUCUCGUGCGCAGUAACCCUGACCAGACGAUGACCGUUGAUCCGUGUAACUUGCAGUUGCUCUAUCAGGGACGUGAUCCUAACUCCAACGCCGACUAUAACCUCCUGCCGUACCGGCCUGGUGUGUUGACACUGAAGCAGUAA